AGUCUGGACAAAAACAACUCGGGAUACUUUCGUUUUGGUCCGGACAAACCCGGUCGUCUGUUGUAGGGAGUCGUGUGGGUCAAACUAAACCAUGAAGACGCUGAUCUGCACAGUGUUGUUCUGCAUCUUUGCAGCCUCAGUGGCGAAGGAGUCCCCACCCCAGGUUCAGUUGUACAGCCAGAGACCUGGAUACCUUGAAGAUGAGAACAUCCUGAUCUGUCAUGUAACGGGCUUCCAUCCCCCAGACAUCACGAUUCAGCUCCAAAGGAACGGCGUGUAUAUCCCUGCUGCCAAGCAGACGGCUUUGGCCUUCAACGAAAACUGGCAGUUUUACCUCAUCAAGAGUGCUUCCUUCACUCCUAGCAAACAUGACACCUAUACCUGUAAUGUCAAUCAUAUGGGAAAAAUCAAGAUAUACACCUGGAGUCCAGAUGUGUAAGUCUUUGAUGUGCAGGCCUGAAGGUCCUCUGAGACUCUGCAUUCAUCUACCACAUCUAGUGGAAGGGAAAAGCAGUUAAGGUUGAAGAUGUUCCCUGGUUCACACAGUCUUUUAACUGGAUAAUUGAUGGCAGAAUCCAGAUAACCCACUUUCAUUGAUUCUUAAGUAUAAAAGCUUUAUAUUGUGUUUUGGAAUUGAUGUCUUUCUAAUGCCAAAACAUGACAGAGUAAUAAGUUGAGUUUGAAUUUACAAUAUCCUACAUGGAAUGUACUUCCAUGGACUGAAUGUGUCAGGCCAUGCAAAUAUUACAUAGUCCAUGUUGAUAUUACAUUUCAAAUGUAACGAUAAAAAUUAUGCCCUGAGUCUUAAAUAAAUCAAAAAUCCAUGUUC